UCUGAUUGGUGGACGAAGCCUUCUCUUAGGCGUUUGCUGACUGGAAAACCGGAAGUGGAAAUCGUUGCAGCCGCCUGGGCCACCGCAAUGCAGAGAGAGGAGAAGCAGCUUGAGGCAUCAUUAGAUGCACUGCUGAGUCAAGUGGCUGAUCUGAAGAACUCACUGGGGAGUUUCAUUUGCAAGUUGGAGAACGAGUAUGGCCGGCUGACCUGGCCAUCUGUCCUGGACAGCUUUGCAUUGCUUUCUGGACAGUUGAACACUCUGAACAAGGUCUUGAAGCAUGAAAAAACACCGCUGUUCCGUAACCAGGUCAUCAUUCCUCUGGUGUUGUCUCCAGACCGAGAUGAAGAUCUCAUGCGGCAGACUGAAGGACGGGUGCCCGUUUUCAGCCAUGAGGUAGUCCCUGACCAUCUGAGAACCAAGCCUGACCCUGAAGUGGAAGAACAGGAGAAGCAACUGACGACAGAUGCUGCCCGCAUUGGUGCAGAUGCAGCCCAGAAGCAGAUCCAGAGCUUGAAUAAAAUGUGUUCAAACCUUCUGGAGAAAAUCAGCAAAGAGGAGCGAGAAUCAGAGAGUGGAGGUCUCCGGCCGAACAAGCAGACCUUUAACCCUACAGACACUAAUGCCUUGGUGGCAGCUGUUGCCUUUGGGAAAGGACUAUCUAAUUGGAGACCUUCAGGCAGCAGUGGUCCUGGCCAGCCAGGCCAGGCAGGAGCUGGGACGAUCCUUGCAGGAACCUCAGGAUUACAGCAGGUGCAGAUGGCAGGAGCUCCAAGCCAGCAGCAGCCAAUGCUCAGUGGGGUACAAAUGGCUCAGGCAAGUCAACCAGGGAAAAUGCCAAGUGGAAUAAAAACCAACAUCAAGUCGGCUUCCAUGCAUCCCUACCAGCGCUCACAAGUCGCCUCACUCUCGCCGGUGCAGUGGCUCACACCUGUCAUCCCAGUACUUUGGAAGGCUGAGGCAUGAGGACUGCGUGAACCCAGGAGUUCGAGACCAGCCUGGACAGCACAGGAAGACCCUGUCUCUACUAAAAAAUCAGCCAGGUGUGGUGGCACACACCUGUGGUCCCAGCCAUUUGGGAGGCUGAGGUGAGAGGAUCGCUUGGGCCUGGGAGGUCAAGGCUGCAGUGAGCUGUGAUUGUGCUGCUGCACUCCAGCCUGGGCAACAGAGCCAGACCUUGUCUCAAAAAAAAAAAAAGUCACCCCUGUGUGAAGUUGUGAAGUUUUCCAGUAACCCAUAACUCAAUACCACUCCCACCAGGUAAGAUUAAUUACCUCCUCUUUUAUGCUCCACAUUUGUACCUUGUACAAACUUAUUCUAGCUCCUGGUGCACUUUAUUGUCUCCCGGGUUCAAGCAUCCUGAACUUUGAAUCCAGCUCUUCCACCUGAGAACUGAGUGAUCUUAGGCAAGAUAAUGUGUGUGCCUGGCAUACUAUAGCAUCUAGCCCAUCAUAAGCACUAUAAAUGGUAGUGCUACUAUUAUUAUUACUAUUAUGAUUUCUUUGUCUUUGGAGAAGUAGUACAAAAUAACAUUUUGAUUUAAAAAGCAGGUUUUCGUGUCAGACUGCCCCAGUUCAAAUCCUAGCUGUGCUACUUACCAGCUGUGUGGCCUUGGGCAAGUUAGUUCACUUCUCUAUGCCUUUGCCUCCUUAUUCCUGGGGUCAAUAAUAAUGGCUAUUUCAUAGGGUUGCUGUGAGGUUUAAAUGGGUUAAUACAUAUAAAGUGCUUAGGAUAAUGCUGACAACAGUAGAAGCACAAUACAUAUUAUCUAUCCAUAGGGUAACAUCUGGGAAUCUCUGCUCUCAGUGAUUGUUGCUUGAAUAAACGAUUCACCAAUUCCUCUAAGAGGUCAUACCUCUCCUUCCCUCUGCAGCUCCCCUGUGCUCAUGUCUCAGGAGCUUAGCCUCAGGAGACGCUUUUUGUGCAUAUUUCAUCCCCCGUGGUAUCUCCCUAGUAACGUGCAGAGUAGGUACUGGAGCAUUUUGAUAUUGGAUUACCUGACAUGAUAAGUCAAUUUCAAAUCUAGUUUUGUGAAUUGUAUUUCUCCCACCUACAUUGUUGUUGCCUACAUUCUUUAAGAAAUUGUGUCCUUU